AUGGCCGCGAUACAGAAUUUCAAGAACUUCCUGCGCCAUGGCAAGCAGGCCCGCCAGAAUGCUGAGCCCACGACCAACGUGUCGAAUGUGCACGCCCAGUCCCAGCACCAGCGACACAAUCAGGCCCCAGACCCCAUCCACCAUGGCAUCACAGAGCCUAAUAUGGAUACCAGACACCUCCAGCACCAGGCUGCCCCCCACGGCGACUACUCGGUCGGCGCAGGCCCCGGAGAUAACCGCAACAUUGCUGCGCAGGCAGGCGAUGCAGCUGCGCGGGCGGCCGGUGACAAGCAAAAGAACGCAGCAGCAGCCAAGCAGGCGGGCGUGGACCCGUCAGUACUAGAGCGUAUUAUUGCAGAGGAGCGCGAGGCCAAGGGCAAGCUGCCCAAGUACCCCGGACUCGAGCGCUGGACGCUAGUAGAGAAGAUGGGCGACGGCGCUUUCAGCAACGUAUAUCGAGCACGCGACACUACGGGACAAUGGGGCGAAGUCGCCAUCAAAGUCGUCCGUAAGUUCGAGAUGAACUCGCAGCAGGGCGACAAGCAUGUGCAUCCGGACUUCAAGACGCCAAAAGCAGCCGAGAGAGCCAACAUCCUCAAGGAAGUACAAAUUAUGCGCCAACUUGACCACCCCAACAUUGUAAAGCUCAUCGACUUCUCCGAAUCACGGCAAUACUACUACAUCGUGCUCGAACUUUGCCCAGGCGGUGAGCUGUUCCACCAGAUCGUACGCCUGACCUACUUCUCCGAGGACCUUUCACGACACACCAUCAUCCAGGUAGCAAAAGCACUACAAUACUUGCACGAAGAGGCGGGUGUUGUCCAUCGUGAUAUCAAGCCUGAGAAUCUCCUGUUCUACCCCACUCCGUUUGUCCCAACAAGUAACCCCCAGCCCAAGGGACCAGAUGACGAAGACAAGGCCGACGAGGGCGAAUUCGUCAAGGGUAAGGGUGCUGGUGGUAUUGGCCUGAUCAAGGUUGCAGAUUUCGGUCUGAGCAAGGUCAUCUGGGACAGUCAAACCAUGACACCCUGUGGUACCGUUGGCUACACAGCUCCUGAGAUUGUCAAGGAUGAGCGUUACUCCAAGAGUGUCGACAUGUGGGCACUCGGAUGCGUGCUCUACACUCUCCUUUGCGGUUUCCCACCAUUCUAUGACGAAUCCAUCCAGACCCUGACUGAAAAGGUCGCACGAGGACAAUACACCUUCCUUUCUCCAUGGUGGGACGACAUCUCCAAGUCCGCUCAGGACCUUGUUUCACAUCUAUUGACUGUAGAUCCUGAGAAGCGAUACGAUAUCAACCAGUUCCUCAACCACCCGUGGAUACGGGAAGCAGACGAACCCACCUAUUCUGCUUACGAUGCACCGCCUCUCGCUACGCCCGCUGCAAAGAAAUCCGAUAGACUACAGCCAGACUUUUCUUACCUUGAGUCGCCAGGCGCGAGGCGCCAGGAUUUCCGUUCGCCCGGUGCCGUCAACCUGCGAGAAGUCUUCGAUGUCGGAUAUGCCGUCCAUCGUCAAGAGGAGGAGGGUAAGAGGAAGAAGCAAUUUAAGCAGGGGUACCGUGGUGCAAAUGCCAUCAGUUCGCUCAAUGCCCUCGAUGAGAAUGAAGAUGACGACGAGUACUCGUCCGAAUCAGUACCGUAUGAGUCUUCGCAACAACACCCACCCGCCAAGCUCCCCAAGUCUCAGGGGGCAGACGUUUCGUCGAUGGAGCAAAAGAUGCGCAACACGACGCUCUCGGCCGCAGCCCAAGCAAGGCAGCAGCAAACAGCGCCGCGCCAACAAGAGCGCGGGUAUGGCCAACAUUCGCCUGCAGUUGCUGCCGCGGCUAAGCGACAGGUCAAAAACAAGGGUGCUUUCGAACUCAGUCUCGAUAGUGCAACGCUGUUAGGUCGACGAGCGAAGAAGCAGCCCGAGCCGAGUAACUUGCGGGAACACAUCACCGCUGGUGGCACAUGA